ACAAAGCAAGUCAUUUUAGACCGCAGGAGGGCAUUUUAUAGACCCUCCAGCUCCCACUGAUUCCUGGAACUACUGUGACCGUAGUCUGUGCAACCCAGCCUCUGAGGACAGCGCAUCCUGUGUCGGGGACGCUGGUUUCUCUCUGGACACGAAAACACCGAGUAUAGGAGGCGAAAGAAAUUGGCACGGCGGGCCUCCAGAGCCAAGAGGUGACCGAGCGGGCUGGGCGGGGCUGAGUGGCAGGGCCGAGCACGUGACGCUCCCAGCCGGGCUCGCCGGGAGGUGGAGGUGGAUCCCGGGCGCCUGAGGCUGAAAUCGACAUUUGCCUCGGGCAGGAAAAUACGCUUGUCAGUUUCUGUCUCCAUCAGACCCUCAACCCACAGGAGCAGGGGAAUUCGAUAGCAUUUUAACUUUAUAUCUGAGGAACCUGAAAGCAAAAGGCCAGGCAAGCUGCGCGCAGCAAGCAAAUCGCCCAGACGGCAGGCCGGAGCGAGGCUUCCCCGCCACUCGCUCCUCACCUCCAGGGACUUCCAGGUCUUCUCCCGAGACCCCGCGCCCCUACCCCCCCCCCCGUCUCGCCCCGAGGGUGUCACGUGCCGGCGUGGGGCCUGCCUCCUGGUGACGUCACCGCGCUCGCAGCCGUCGCGCUGAAGAAAGGAUGCUCUAGGAUGCUGUGCAGGUGGGCGGCCGGGCUGCGCCAUGCGGCACUGCAGGUGUAACUAGCAUGGUCAAUGCAGGAGCGAUGAGUGGCUCCGGAAACCUGAUGGAUUUCCUCGAUGAGCCGUUCCCUGAUGUGGGGACGUAUGAGGACUUCCACACCAUCGACUGGCUGAGGGAAAAGUCACGGGACACCGACAGACACAGAAAGAUAACCAGCAAAAGCAAGGAGUCCAUAUGGGAGUUCAUCAAGAGCCUGCUGGAUGCCUGGUCGGGAUGGGUGGUGAUGCUGCUCAUCGGCCUGCUGGCGGGCACCUUGGCUGGGGUCAUCGAUCUCGCUGUCGACUGGAUGACCGACUUGAAGGAGGGGGUCUGCCUGUCUGCCUUCUGGUACAGCCACGAGCAGUGCUGCUGGACUUCCAACGAGACUACUUUUGAGGACAGGGACAAGUGUCCUCUGUGGCAGAAAUGGUCCGAGCUGCUGGUGAAUCAGUCAGAGGGUGCCAGUGCCUACAUUCUGAAUUACCUAAUGUACAUCCUGUGGGCGUUGCUGUUUGCAUUUUUGGCGGUCUCCCUGGUGCGCGUAUUUGCGCCAUACGCCUGCGGCUCUGGUAUACCAGAGAUAAAGACCAUUUUGAGCGGCUUUAUCAUCAGGGGCUACUUGGGGAAGUGGACCCUGCUGAUCAAGACUGUCACCCUGGUGCUGGUAGUGUCCUCGGGCCUGAGCCUUGGGAAAGAAGGGCCGCUGGUGCACGUGGCUUGUUGCUGUGGCAACUUCUUCAGCAGCCUCUUCUCCAAGUACAGCAAGAACGAGGGCAAGAGGCGUGAGGUGCUUUCGGCUGCAGCUGCUGCCGGAGUCUCUGUUGCCUUUGGUGCUCCAAUCGGGGGCGUGCUCUUCAGUCUAGAAGAGGUCAGUUACUACUUUCCCUUGAAGACCUUGUGGAGGUCCUUUUUCGCGGCCCUGGUGGCGGCCUUCACACUGCGCUCCAUCAAUCCCUUUGGGAACAGCCGCCUUGUUCUCUUUUACGUGGAAUAUCACACGCCCUGGUACAUGGCCGAACUCUUCCCCUUCAUCCUGCUUGGGGUCUUUGGGGGCUUGUGGGGAACCCUCUUCAUCCGCUGCAACAUCGCCUGGUGCAGGAGGCGCAAAACCACCAAGCUGGGCAAGUACCCGGUGCUGGAGGUCAUCGUGGUGACCGCCAUCACCGCCAUCAUCGCCUACCCCAAUCCCUACACGCGCCGGAGCACGAGCGAGCUCAUUUCUGAGCUGUUCAAUGACUGCGGGGCCCUCGAGUCCUCCCAGCUCUGUGACUACGUCAACGACCCCAACAUGACGCGGCCUGUGGACGACAUCCCGGACCGGCCGGCCGGGUUCGGGGUUUACACCGCCAUGUGGCAGCUGGCCCUGGCGCUGAUCUUCAAAAUCGUCAUUACCAUAUUUACCUUUGGCAUGAAGAUCCCAUCGGGCCUCUUCAUCCCCAGCAUGGCUGUGGGAGCGAUGGCGGGUAGGAUGGUGGGAAUUGGCGUGGAGCAGCUGGCUUACCAUCACCAUGACUGGAUCAUCUUCAGGAACUGGUGCAGACCUGGAGCAGACUGUGUUACCCCGGGACUUUAUGCAAUGGUGGGAGCUGCAGCCUGCCUAGGUGGAGUUACCAGGAUGACGGUGUCAUUGGUGGUCAUCAUGUUUGAAUUAACUGGUGGUCUGGAGUACAUUGUGCCCCUGAUGGCAGCAGCUGUGACCAGCAAGUGGGUGGCUGAUGCCUUUGGGAAGGAAGGCAUCUACGAGGCCCACAUCCACUUAAACGGGUACCCAUUUCUGGACGUGAAGGAUGAGUUCACCCACCGCACACUGGCCACUGACGUCAUGCGGCCGCGGCGGGGAGAGCCACCGCUGUCCGUGCUCACCCAGGACAGCAUGACCGUCGAGGACGUGGAGACGCUCAUCAAGGAGACCGACUACAACGGCUUCCCCGUGGUGGUCUCCAGGGACUCCGAGCGCCUCAUUGGGUUUGCCCAGAGGAGGGAACUGAUUCUAGCAAUAAAGAACGCCAGACAGAGGCAGGAGGGCAUCGUGAGCAAUUCCAUCAUGUACUUCACGGAGGAGCCCCCUGAGCUGCCGGCCAACAGCCCACACCCCCUGAAGCUGCGGCGCGUCCUAAACCUCAGCCCUUUCACGGUCACGGACCACACCCCCAUGGAGACGGUGGUGGACAUCUUCCGGAAACUGGGGCUGCGGCAGUGCCUGGUGACGCGGAGUGGGAGACUUCUUGGCAUCAUCACGAAAAAGGAUGUUCUGAGACAUAUGGCCCAGAUGGCAAACCAGGACCCUGAAUCCAUCAUGUUUAAUUAGAAACGAGGUGGCAAUUAUUUUGAGAAAAACACAACAACUGUGUCAUUUUAAAAGAAAUAAACAAAUGAUAUGUUAUCCUAAUGAACGAUCAUGCGCUGAGGGCAGCGGAAACAAAAGCUUUGUUUGAAAGGAAGGGAAGAAGAAUGAAACCUUUUUUUUUUUUAAAAAAAAUAUAUCAAUGAGUAGGUAUUUUAUAGCUUUAACCCCUUAUGAGUUUCAAGCUGUGUUUCUUAAUGAGUUUACUAACUGCUAUGGGGGAAUGGGGGUGGGGGUAAACCAUGUGGUUUGUACAAGGACAUGGAACACACAGGCUGAGUCAAGAAACGUUUGCCCCUUCUGCUUGAGGCUGAUGCCUGUGAAGCUUUGAGUCCCAAAGGCAAAGGGGUGUUGGUAUGUCAGCGUCCUUAUUUAUUGGUUCCUGAAGUUUUGCUGCUAUGUUACUGAAUCAGACUAAAGAUAUUUGCACUUACUUCGUUGGAAAAGAAAAAGAAAUUAAAUAUGAGCAUAGUGAAAGCUGCAAGUAUGUCGGUGGGUUCACUCGUGACCAUCCCAUUUCUUGCUCCUGUUCUCAGCCUGUUAUUUUGCUUAUUGUCAGUCUCUGAGCCAACAUCAGGGUCUCCUGCUAUGAUGAGUAUGAAGAAAUCAUUUCUCUAUGCAAGACCAGCAUCUUGGGACUGCACGACGAACUAUUGGAGCGUUUAGUGCUGCACUAUAUUUCCUCCCAUAAAAGGGAUUCAUCCUUAUUUUGAGGGUAUACACACUCAAUCAUUGAUUUGCAUCCCCAUUGCAUUUGCUUUACUUAUUUAUUGCUGUUGCCUGUGCAUUCUUAAAUAUUGAUCAGUCCAGCACUUUCCAUGGGCCAUAUUCUGUAUGCUGCCAGCUUGCUGUAAAUGUGCUUUAAUUUCCAAAUAGCGUAUGCAAGAGUCAACACAGGCUACUCAGUGUUACUACUUAUUUUCCUGCUCAGAUCUUAUUAAAUACUGCUGCCAGAAGGGUGAGGUGUACGAGUUCUCAGUGGGAACUCCUCCAAAUGGAUUGCAAGAGAAAUACGAAAUUGAUUCUAAAUCUCUUCCAUUCUCUUCUCUGUAGGGUGCAAAGCGUCCAGCUUUAAUGUAUGAGCAUGCACUUUCAUACUAGCAAUCAAAGCACAGAAGGACAGAGUUAAAUCGUAGACAGCCAAUUUGAGCAUUGGGCAUCUUUGUGUUGGACUUAAUGUUACAUUUAUUCUUUUAGUCAGGACUUCUGGUUUUUCCGCGGGAAGGAAUUCAGCUGUGUUUUUCAGGUCCGCUGUAUGAUCUCUGAAAGAUUCAUCCCCCUUGCCCUUCACUUUAGUCUUUGUUCUUCCCUUUCCACUGAGUUGUCCUCAUCCUUUUCAAUCUCAUUGUUGGAUAUUGAUGUAUCAGGUGUGCAUUUGGCUGCAAAUAAUAGAAAACUCGACACAGUGAAGAGGUGAAUAAGAAACCCGGGGGCAGGCACUCAGGACUGUCCUCAAGGAUCCGCACUCUUCUGGUGUUUUUCCCACCAUCCUUGCCCUUUGUCCUUUGGCUUAUUGCCUCAUAGUCACAAGAUGGUUACUGAACUGCUAGGUAUCAUGUCUGCCUUCUAAGCAAAAAGAGGGAGGAAGAGGCAAGUGACAAGGAGCAGUAUCUACAUCAGGACAGCAAAGCUUUCCCAGAGAUGCUCAGCUUACGUCCAUUGGCUAGAAUUCGGUCACAUGGCACCCCUUCUCCGCCCCCCCCCGCUGCACGUGAGCCUGGAAAGGAAGAUUUUUAGCUAUGCAUAUUACUCUGAGCGAAAUUUAGAUUCUCUUAAUGAGGAAGGGGAAUUGGUCUUUGGGAAGGGAAUAUUGUCUGCUGUAUUGGAUGCCAUCACUGUGUCUCUGUCAUUGUCCUUCCUAUCUUCUUUACUCUCUCUCUCUUGCCAAACCCCUCUGAACAUUCUCUUCUAAGCUUAUAGCCCCUCAGUCCUUCUCUCAGAUUUGAUAUAGAACUCCUAAUCAGAACCUGUCAUUUCUUAGCCAUAAGAAAAAUGUUCACUUUGGAUAAAAACCUAGCUACAAGCGGGUUUCUAUGAAACUUCUAGUUGAUGUAAGAAAAUAUACUGAAGUAUUCUCUGGGUUAAAAAAGUUUGUCAGAUCAUGCUGACAAACUAUGGAGAAUUUGUUUCUGUAAUUGGCCCCCUCCAAAAUAAUAUCAAAGAAGCCACCGCAGUGUGGAAAUAGCAGUCAAUGGGAAAGAAUGUAAUAUUUGAUCCUAUAAUAGAAUGAAGUUUGUUCUCAUUUGCAGCGCGUAAGUAUUGAGUAACAGAUCCUAAUAUUAUUGUUAUUGGGGUUUCCAUGGAACAUGUGCAAGUGAAGCUGGAUUCUCCUGGACUUUAAAUUCUAAAAAGUCUUCAAGAUUGCUUCAUGUAGUUCCCAUCUUACUCCUACGAGGCCUCCCAAAAGAGUAUUAGUCAUACCCUGGAUUUAUAUAAUCCAGGACGCCCUUUUAGCUGAAACAAGGAGCUUCAGAAGGGAACACAAACAGUGAGCGGACAGCCAAAGGUCACUGAAACCACAGAAUUGUCUCCGCCUCCAGCUGAGGCUGUGGAGGGAUGAGGUGACAGUUUACUCUGGGCCAAGGUCACCAAGGGGAGUUGUGUCCUUCUCCCCAAUGCUUAGCGUAGAGAUGUCUGUGACAUCACGGGAAACAGUUGGGAGUGUUACUUGACUUAAAUAACCUAACCUUGUUUUCCUUCACAAGUUGAAGCUCUAAUUUGUCAUGGGGUUCAGGCUCUCCUCAACAGAAGGCCAGCAUCAGACAGGCAGGUUAAGGGCAAAGAUGGGGGAGUUUGCAGUGGGGACUGCCAGAG